GGCGUGCGGAUCGCUGCGACUUUGACGCUCUCCAAAAAGGACGACGCCGAGUUUCUGCAGAUUGUGGCCAAUCAUCUACAGCGCAUCCUCAUGCUGAAGGACUACCUCUUCGCGAUCGCCACGACUGGAGUUGGCCGAACAUCCCUUAUCAUUUGCGGUUCCGAACCUGUCCAGGUCCAACGCGCCGCACACCUCGCAUCCUCCAAGUUCAUAGGCCGCGUACAUCCCCUGCUCGACGAGAAAACACGAUGGAUCGCUGGUAUACAUGAUAUAGGCUGGACGGCGUACGACGAAUCCGCAUUAUGGGACGUCCUGUCGAAGAGUGCACAGACACUGAAUGAUCCCCUCAUCCCUCAACCAAACUCCCGCUCUAUCGCCCAAGUCCUCGAACAAGCCCGAGCGAGACUGCAGCGUAUAACGCCCGAGCAGGCCUACGCCGAACUCCACGAUACAUCCAUCCCCAUGCCUGUUCUCCUCGUGGACAUACGACCGGAAGCGCAACGUCUGCAACAUGGUCAGAUUCGGGGAAGUAUCAUCAUAGAACGGAACGUGUUGGAGUGGAGGUUCGAUCCGAGGUGCAAGGAGGGACGGUUGGAUAUUGCGGAUAGGUAUGAUUUGAGGGUGCAGGUGAUGUGUCAGGAGGGAUAUACGAGUUCGUUGGCGGCGGCUGCUUUGCAGGAUCUGGGAUUGUUGAAUGCGACUGAUGUCGUGGGUGGGUAUAAGGCGUGGAGGGAGGCGGGGCUACCGGUCGAGGUCAACCCGGUUUGGGAGAGAGGACUGGUCAGU